CUCGCGUAAACAUUUCAAUGAUGAAUACGUAGCGCCGAGGGACAACUCUACCUAGGUUUUGGGAAGAUGAAAUAGACACACAAAAAGUUACCUUUUGAUCCUGUUCACCAUUUCGAACUCUCUUAUCCCAGCCAAUAUCUGAAUCAACCUUGCGGUGUCGACGGACUCUUCUCCUUGCGAAACGCACGAGCACCACCCUAUACAUACGUCAAACCUCAGCCGACUCUGCCGCUUCCCAGCAUCUCCCUGCCUUCGAUUGAGGUCCGCGGCCGACAAGGGCGGAGGUGCAAGACUCGAACAACUCUGAAGAGUGGAGAGCUGCUCAAGAGGAAAGAAGAAAAAAAAAGCCAUGACCACACCACGAUGCUUCAUCGUUCGACACGGCGAGACUGAAUGGUCAUUAUCCGGUAAACAUACCGGAACGACUGACAUCCCAUUGACGAAAAACGGGGAGAAACGAGUCCGAGCUACUGGUAGAGCUUUGGUGGGAGAUGAUAGAUUGAUUGUUCCUAGACAAUUGGUACACAUCUACGUCUCACCACGUCAUCGCGCUCAAAGGACACUCGAAUUACUCGACCUGGGUUGUCACGAUCCUUAUCCAUGGCAAACAACAACAACAACAACCUCUGAGAAGUCUUCCGGUUCCGACCUUCACACGUCCUCUUCACAAAACAAGACCGACGCCCGUGUGACAAUCGACCCAAGAAUCGCCGAAUGGGAUUACGGAGAGUACGAAGGUGUAACGUCCCCUGAAAUCCGAAAGAUACGGGCGGAAAAGGGUCUGGGAAGUUGGGACAUUUGGAGAGAUGGUUGCCCGGGUGGUGAGAGUCCCGAGGAUAUCAUACGUCGAGUGGACGGUUUGAUCGCCGAGAUUCGUUCAAAGUACCACUCCCCGGUGAUCGGGAAACCAAAGGACCAGAAUCUGACGGGGGACGUCAUGGUCGUGGGACACGGUCACAUCCUACGCGCUUUCGCCAUCCGGUGGAUAGGUAGACCACUCACGGAAACCAGUCUGAUCAUGGAAGCAGGAGGGGUGGGGACUCUGAGUUACGAACAUCACAGCAUCGACGAACCGGCCAUCUUGUUGGGCGGUGGCUUUGUCGUGGGGGAAGAACCGAAAGACAAGUAAACAUCCGAAAUCAUCAUGAACAACAAUAAACUUUACUGUAGAGACCGACUUCAAUAGAAAAACGAGGACUUGUUCACAGCGCGCACACGCUCUAUGCCAGUCUGUGUGUGUUUACAUCUAACAUGCGACAAGACGAUAAACAAAACCAUUUUGAC